AUGAAGAUCAAUUUAAAAUGUUGCACAAAAUUAAAUAAUCUUGAAUUAUUUUUAGUUUAUUUCGAUCAAACUAAUAAAAUUGACAAAUGCUUUAGUUACUCAGCAUUUUUUGAUAUUCCAUCCCUUUGCGAAUAUUUCCUUUCGCUUGGUGCAAAUGCCAAUGCAACAGCUAAAUAUCAGCCAACUCCUCUUAGUAUUGCAGCAAAAAAUAACAAUAAAGAAAUAGUCGAACUUCUUAUUUCACGUGGUGCAAAUAUCAAUAAAAAAGAUAAUGAUGGACAAACCGCUCUUCAUUAUGCAGCGCGUUUUAAUAGAAAAGAAAUGGCCGAAUUUCUUAUUUCACAUGGUGCAAAUAUCAAUAAAAAAGAUAAUGAUGGACAAACCGCUCUUCAUUAUGCAGCGCGUUUUAAUAGAAAAGAAAUGGCCGAAUUUCUUAUUUCACAUGGUGCAAAUAUCAAUGAAAAAGAUUCAUAUAUGCGAACGACUCUUCAUUUUGCAGCAUGGUAUAAUAGUAAAGAAACCGCCGAACUUCUUAUUUCACAUGGUGCAAAUAUCAAUGAUAAAUAUAAUUAUGGACAAAACGCUCUUCAUUUAGCGGCAUAUUAUAAUAGUAAAGAAACAGCCGAACUUCUAAUUUCACAUGGUGCAAAUAUCAAUGAAAAAGAUGAAGAUAUGAAAACUGCACUUCAUUAUGCAGUCAAUCAAAAAAUGUAA